UUUAACCAGCCAAGUACUUAGUAGUCUCAUCCUAAUUCAGGGAUGUUGGCUUCAACAUAGAACAUACACUAUAAUAGAUUAAUAGGUAAGAAUCUUUGCCACACAAAAAAUACUCCAUCCGUGCCAAUAUUAAUUCCUGUUUUGACUUGGCACACAAUUAAGAAAGUACAUGAAAAAUGUGUGGUCUAUAAUCCAUACAUUCUUUGCUAGAAAAGGAAAGACAAGUUUAUAUUGAGACAGACGAAAAAUGAAAGAAUAAAAAUAAUAUUGAUUCGAAGGGAGUACAAUUGAAGCAAUUUAAAAAGGACCGGCUAAAAAGUGUGUGGAUAAAUUGUGUGGUCUUCUUGACGUGAUAUAUCAUAUCAUUCAUAUGGAAUGAAAGAAAUAUUAGAAGAUGAAGCGCAAUUGUAGGAAGCUUGUAUAAGGAAGAUCACAUGUUAAGAUUGUUAACCAAUGGCUUCUAUUGUAUUGCGUUAUAUUUGGGAAGCCAAGGGUGAGAAAAUUGGUCUAAUAUGAUGAAAAGAAUGGGAAGACAAUUGGGGAGGUAACUAGCUGGGAGGAGUUCUAGGGUGAACAAACCUCUCCUAGAACCUCCAAUCCCAAAAUUGUUCAAGAAUCAUCAAAAGAGGGCCUCUCCAUCCCUUGAAUAGAGAGGUCCUAGACAUUCCAUUUGAUUUGUUAAGGAUUUUGCAAAUCAAGGCUUUUUGGAAUAGGAAAAAUUUGCAUUGGUUUUCUUUGCUUUUAACUAUUGUGAUCAAAGAACAAAGUAUGAUUAAUAGCCAAAAGAGUGCACUAAUGAAAAGAGACGAGUCGGUUGUGGUUGCAAUUGACAAGGACAAAGGAAGCCAAUUUGCUCUCAAAUGGGCUAUUGAUAAAUUCUCUCUUGGUAAAGGCAAAAGUGUCACCCUUCUCCACGUCCUCCUCAAGCCUGGCGCUGCACAAAAUCCUGAUGGAAGCUAUUCAUCUGUACACAAAAGUCAACUUGACAAUCAAUCCAAGGAAUUAUUUUUGCCUUUCCGUUGCUUUUGCACUAGAAAGAACAUACACGUUAAUGAAAUUGUAAUUGAAGGAGCAGACAUAUCAAAAGCUCUAUGUGACUAUGUUCAUGUCAAUGCAAUUGAUAACAUUGUGCUUGGUUCCCCAUCAAGGAAUAGCUUCGUCAGAAGAUUCAAGACACCAGAUGUUCCGACCAGUGUAAGCAGAAACGCUCCUGAGUUCUGCAAUGUCUACAUAGUGGCCAAGGGUAAACUUGCUUCCUCAAGGACUGCCAGUAUCGCUACCCCCACGGUGUCUGCCCGUAGCUCAACAAGUUCUGGUUUCUCCGAUCCUCGCCUCAUGCAUAGUAAUGAGAGCCUAGGGAAUGCUUCAGAGAGAUCAUCACCAUUUUCACAUAGAAGCGCGGAGGAUAAUGAUUUCAUCAAAUCUCCGUUCUCUAGAGGCCAGUACUCAAACAGAUCAUAUGGGGAACUUUCCAUACCAGACUCUUCUGACAUAUCAUUCGUUAGUUCGGGUAGGCCUAGCACAGAGCGCAUGUUUCCAAUGCUCUCUGACAGUCAAGAAUCCAGUAUCCUCCAUCGCCUUUCCAAUGGCUCUGACACAGACAACAGGUUGAGUUUUGGGUCAGCACUUUCUGGAUCCAGGCUAUCUGACAUGAACUAUAACCCUUCCAACAUCUUAUCAUCACACUCUCAAGAAAGUGGAGGAUCUUGGUCAUCAUCAUCCCAGACUGUGGAUGAUGUAGAGGCUGAAAUGAGAAGGCUAAAGCAGGAACUCAAGCAAACAAUGGACAUGUAUAGCACAGCCUGCAAGGAAGCACUCUCAGCUAAACAGAAGGCUCUAGAACUCCAUCGUUGGAAAAUGGAAGAGCAGCAGAAGCUAGAAGAGGCUCGGCUGUCGGAGGAAACAGCAUUGGCCAUAGCAGAGAAAGAGAAAGCCAAGUGCAGGGCCGCGCUAGAAGCAGCCGAGGCAGCUCAGAGACUCGCUGAAUUAGAAGCACAAAAGAGGAUAAGUGCUGAGAUGAAAGCUCUCCGGGAAGCGGAUGAGAAGAAGAAGGUCUUAGACAAAAUCGCCCAUAACGAAUGCCUGUAUCGCAAGUACUCAAUAGAGGACAUCGAAUCCGCAACUGAAAAUUUCUCCGCCUCCCGAAAAAUUGGGGAAGGCGGUUACGGACCUGUAUACAGAGCUCACCUCGAUCACACUGAGGUCGCAAUUAAGGUCCUACGGCCAGACGCCGCCCAGGGGAGGUCCCAAUUCCAGCAAGAGGUUGAAGUUCUGAGCUGUAUUAGACAUCCGAACAUGGUUCUCCUUCUCGGAGCUUGCCCGGAGUACGGUUGUUUGGUGUAUGAGUACAUGGCGAAUGGGAGCUUAGAGGACCGUCUCUUCUCGCGCGGCAGUACUCCUGCUCUUCCUUGGCAGGUCAGGUUCCGGAUAGCGGCGGAGAUCGGCACCGGACUUCUCUUCCUCCACCAAACCAAGCCGGAGCCACUGGUCCACCGUGACCUGAAACCGGCCAACAUUUUACUCGACCGGAACUACGUCAGCAAAAUCAGUGAUGUAGGUUUAGCCAGGCUAGUGCCUCCUAACGUCGCCGACAGCGUGACGCAAUACCGGAUGACAUCGGCGGCCGGAACGUUCUGCUACAUAGAUCCAGAGUACCAACAGACGGGGAUGCUGGGGAUAAAAUCCGACGUCUACUCAUUGGGAAUCAUGCUGCUUCAGAUCAUCACAGCAAAACCUCCGAUGGGGUUAACUCAUAACGUGGAAAGGGCGAUUGAGAAAGGAACAUUUGCUGAGAUGCUUGAUCCGGCGGUGUCUGACUGGCCGAUUGAGGAGACGAUGAGGUUUGCCAAGUUGGCUCUCAAGUGCGCGGAGCUCAGGCGGAAAGACCGGCCGGACCUCGGCACCGAGGUGUUGCCGGAGCUUAACCGGCUCAGAGCAUUGUCGGAAGGAACGAUGCCGUCGAUACCGUAUUGCCCACCAAAUCCUCAGAAUCGGUCCGGCUUUCAGAGAAGAUAGUUGAGCAAUUGUUAACCAAGGAAUCCAACUUUUGAAAGUGUACAAAUCCUUAUACAAACCAGGGUCGUGCUUGGAACUCUAACAAAUCAAGAUUCUACAGUCUUGAACUCUAUUUCAUGUGACCAAAGUUUUUUCUUUUUUCCCCUUUUCUUUGUUUUCCCCUUUUUCUUUGUCAUAAAGUUGUAUAACAAUUUUAUUUUAAACUUUUAAUACAAGAGCUUUUG